AAUGACGCCACUGAUUCCAUGGUUACUCGUAGCUCAACUUGAUCUGAGCCGAGCCAGUCUGUCAACACCCAUCGGCAGACCGGACCAUGGGUUUGCUGUCAAUCCUGCGGAAGCUGAAGAGCUCUCCGGAUCAGGAGGUACGGAUCCUGCUUCUGGGGCUGGACAAUGCUGGGAAGACCACCCUGCUGAAACAGCUGGCCUCUGAGGAUGUCAGCCACAUCACCCCUACCCAGGGCUUCAAUAUAAAGAGCGUCCAGUCUCAGGGCUUCAAACUGAAUGUCUGGGACAUCGGGGGCCAGAGGAAGAUACGGCCUUACUGGAGGAACUACUUUGAAAACACAGACGUGCUGAUCUACGUCAUCGACAGUGCAGACAGGAAACGCUUUGAGGAGACCGGCCAGGAGCUGGCAGAGCUGUUGGAGGAGGAGAAGCUGAGCGGAGUGCCAGUCCUGGUUUUUGCCAACAAGCAGGACCUGAUGACUGCAGCGCCAGCGGCAGAGAUCGCCGAGGGGCUGAACCUGCACAUCAUCCGGGACAGGAUCUGGCAGAUCCAGGCGUGCUCUGCCGUCACCUCGGAGGGAGUGCAGGAUGGAAUGAUGUGGGUGUGCAAGAACAUAGCUCCGAAGAAGAAAUGAAUGCAGACAGAAAAGAGCAAAACCAUUCUUGUAACUGUUUACUGUAUAUUAUUUAACUUAUAAAUGAGAUAAACAAGC